UCCGCCUCCGGAAGCCGAGCGGCGCUGCUGGGAGCCCAGGGGUGGGGCUGCGGGAGUACACUGGCGCGUGCGCGCGAGCCCCAAACGCCGCCGGUCGCGCGCGUGGCGGCCGUAGCGCCCACAGCGCCCAGAUAUAUUUUUGCCAUCAUGGAUCGGUUUGGAGAUAUAUCAGAAGGUGAAGUGGACCAUUCUUUCUUUGACAGUGACUUUGAAGAAGCAAAGAAAAGUGAAAGUAACUCAGUUUUUGACGAGCAACAUGGUGACCAUAAAGAGAGAAUAGACAAAGAUACGGAAAAUGUAAACUUGAAAUUUGGAAUGCAAAGAAAAGAAAAUGCUCUUACUGAGAAAGGAAAUGAAAGAAAAGAGAAAAUUCCUCCAGAAGAACACCCGAUAGAAAAUGAUAGUGCACAAACCAGAAAUUCUUUAUCAUUGACCACUUCUUCAAGAUCAAAAAAAAUGUGUGAUGCUACAACAGGACAUAAAGUACACUUGAACAUUCCAACUGCAAUUCCCAAAAUUGUAAAAGAAGGCGAAGACGAUUAUUACUAUACAGAUGGAGAGGAAAGCAGCGAUGAUGGGAAAAAACAUGUCAGGUCCAAGUCAGCUAAACCGUUAAAUCACUUUAAAAAAGGCAUAAGUAGAAAGUAUUCCAAGAGUAGUUCCUCUUCCUCUUUGUCCUCCUCAUCUUCAAGGUCAGGUACAGAUUGUUCAGAUCCCGAGUCUGAUACCUGUACAUCUGAUUCAUCUCCAUCAUUAAAGAAACAUCUCUCUGGUGUAACCCACUUGUCACCAAAACAGAAAUAUAAACCAGGAAUAAAAUCAGCAGGAACACAGUCUUCAAGUACUAAACCAAAAGUUGGUGGCUACACUGAGGAGUCUGAAGAUACUGUGACAGAUGUCACGCCGUUAUCAACUCCAGACAUCAGCCCCGUUCAGUCUUUUGAACUGGGCACAGCAAACAAUCAAAAAGUAAAAGUUAAAAGGCAAGAAAACGUGAGUCAAGAAGUGUGUGGAAAUGUUGAAGAUUUAAGAAAUAAUUCAAAAUGCUUGAAAUCGUUCAAAAAAGGGAAAGAAAAACAUGGGUCCAUUAUUACCUCGAAAUCUGCAGCAUUAGAUUCCACUUUAGACCACGGAUAUAAACAAAAAGCCGUACAUGACACAAUGGACCUGAAUCAUCUUUUGAAAGCUUUUCUGGAAUUAGAUAAAAAGGGACCGCAGAAACAUCACUUAGAUCAGCCUUCAGUGGCACCUAGGAGAAACUACUCUUUUACAAGAGAGGAAGUGAGGCAGAUUGAUCGGGAAAAUCAGAGGCUUUUGAAAGAACUGUCAAGACAGGCUGAAAAACCAGGAAGCCAAAGUACGAUUCCUAGAUCGAUUGGUCAUCCUCCUAAGUUAUAUCACAGUGCUCUCAACAGACAGAGGGAACAACAAAGGAUUGAAAGAGAAAAUUUGGCUUUAUUGAAAAGGCUUGAAUCUGUGAAACCAACAGUUGGUAUGAAACGCUCAGAACAACUGAUGGACUAUCAUCGCAAUAUGGGUUAUCUCAACUCAGCAUCAUCCUCCUCCAUACGAGUGAGGUCGACUCUUGGCCAAUAUGGCUCAUUAAGAGGAGCUUCCAGGACCUCCAGUGCUACCAGCGGUCUCAGUUUUAAGAGUGAGCGGUCAGUUUUUGACACAUCUGGUGGUCUGUUGCUAAGACCUAAGCCCUCUAAUGUCCGUACAGCUUGGUUAUAAAACAUUUUUAUAAAAAAUUUUUACUUUAAACAUUGUUCAUCCAAUUCUUGUAUGUUCUUGAAGUGCUCUUGUAUAUUACUAUAAUUCUCUGUGUAAACAUUUAUAAUAACUGUUUUAAGAAUUUUAAGGUAUACAACAGUGAGUUGCAAUUUAUUGCAGUUCGGUACAAAAUUGUUUUCCAAAAGACAAUCAGUGUUUCCUAUGAGGAUGUAUUUAUAUGAGAUGUAUAUGUAUUUAACAGAGAAAUGGUAAUGUGCAUGUAUAUUUUCUCAGCGUAGAAAUUGAUUCUGCUGUCGUGCUGGCAAAAACAACUGUCAUAGUGUCACUGCAUGUUGGACCCAAGAUGUUAACUAUACAGGUCUUGUUUUAUGUUUUAUGUUUUUGUCGUUGUUUCCGUUUCUUACAAGUUUUAAACCAUGAACAUAGCUCCUAAAUUUGACUGGCUUUGUUUUCUGUUUGUUUCAGAAUUUAGGUGAUAUGACUCAUAACUUGAUUGUCAGAUAGUUACACCUUCUUAAUGUAAAACAAACCUUGAAAUUUGUUUUCAUUGGUGGAGCUGAUUUAGAUUUGAUGAGCAGAUUGAGAGAAGCUUGUACUGGGGCAAUCCUCAUGAUUCCCCAGAGGUAUGUAUCUCCUACCUCUGCAUAAGUGCAGAGUCAGAUCUUAAAAUUUAAUCAACCAUUCCAAAUCAUUUCAAACUGUUUUAGAAAAUUCAACUUAGAAGCUCCUCUUUCGUGUUUUUAUACAUUCAGGUAAAGUACUAUUAAUAAUUCUGAGAAAUGAGGUAGGCCUUCCAAUCGACUGCACUGUGAAUAGUUCGUCCAAGAACCAGAUCAUCAUAAGCAAAAACAAGUGUUUAAAACAGCAAUAGUUUGAAGAGUCAAGAAGCAGAUCCUGAGUUAUGUCAGAACAGUGUUUUAAGUGAUACUGUUAACAAGUUGUGUUACAUUUAGCAUUGUAUUAAGAGAGAAGAUAAAUAAGAAAGAAAUACAUUGUCUCACAGCUUUAGAAAUUCCAGCUACUGUUUUUUAAGGGCUGAAAAAGAAAACUAAAAUGUAAAUGAUAAAGGGGGGGAAAACAUUUUUGAGGCUACUUUAAAUGUCUGCUUAUUGUCUUGGUUUGGGCUUACGUGUUGAAUCCUGGAAGUACCAUUUUUGCUAGUACCACUUUUAAAGGCCUAGCAAUCUUAAGUUAGUAAUGAUAAGUAGGGCGUGAUAACAGUUGACUUUUGAAAUUAGAAUAUUUUUCUGGCAAUCUGUAGGCUCUUAUUUUUUACAACAAAAUAUCUGCUCCUCUGCUGCCCAAGUCAUCACUGUUCUGCAUUACUGGCCUUUUCAGUAUAUCCUUAGAAUGUAUGUAGUGGGAAGUUUCCAUAUUAAAUGCCAAGCCUUUCUUUUUUUAAUACAAAUUUUUGAUCUUUAGCCACAAUAAGAUUUAUAUUUUUCUGAGUUAACUUAAGCUCUGUAGCAUGUGUGCUGAACUUACUUUUCUUAAUGCCUUUGGCAGAAAGCCAAACCGCAUUUUACUAAACAUCAAUUCAUAAUUUCUUGGUCUUAGUUUGUAUUGAUAGAUUUUGUUUAGGAUAGAAUGUAAAGUGUGGGAACAGAGAGGCUAAAAAAAAAAAAUUCAUGUGAACACAACCUGACUCAGAUUUUUCUGCUUCUUUCUUUGGGCUAUAAAUGUUUGUUCGUUGUUAUUUGAUGCUCUGUUCUGGUGAACAGGUUUUCCCAUCGUCUACUGUUCUGCUUUAUAUAUAAACAUUAGCUGUACUAAUCCAAGGUUUUGUUUUUUAACGUAUUGCACUUUUAAUGUUUGUAUAACAACCCAUUUUUAAGGAGAGAAAAGAUAAUGCUGAAUUUAAAACUCAGCAUUUGAACAUCUGUCUAGUAGUAGUGAUUAGCCAAUAUUUUUAAAUUGAUUUUUAAGUUGUUAGGGAAAAAAAUUAUAUAUAUGGCUUUAGACUCUGAGAACAUUUUUGUGGUCUCUGCUGCCAUAUGUCAAGUACAACACAUUACAAUUUCAUAGAUAAAGCUGUACUUUGAUUUUAGAUACUAAUGUAAUGCCUUUGGUUUUUACUGUGUUGAUGGGAGGUUUACCUAAGUAUUACUCAUAACAGGGAUUCAAUUUGAAGUAAAGUUGGGAAGAGCAACAACAGUCAUUUUUUCAAAGCAGAAUAUACAGUUCUGUUGUCAUGAUUACUUAUAUAUGAUAACUAUAAAUGGAAGGAUAGGAGUUGAAAAAUGUGAUAUUCUUUCAUACAAGUCAAGGUACUUUGAAGUUGUUCUGGUUUAAGGGGCAUUUUUAUGAAGGAAUCAUAAGUAUACUCUACCAUUUUCAAGACCAUAAAGAAGUGAAGGAUCAUCUAGCACUACUUUAUAUUUGGUUCACUUGUACCUAAAGAUAUAUACACUUUGAAGAUUUACAUCUGCACCGAGAAAUAAUACCAAUCCAAGGUCUAAAUGGUUAGGCAAGAUUCUUAUUGAGAGUUAUUUUCAUACAUGUCAAAUGUUAAACUAAUGUCUCCUUUUUAAUAAGGUUCUAUAAAAGAUUUUGAACUAUUAAAAUUAUUUUCUAAGAGACAGCUAUUGUCUCGUGCUUCACUUACUUUUUUCACUCUUCAUAAAAAUAUGCUUUCUUGGCUCCUAUUCCAAAUAAAAUUUUUCUGGUUUGCUUAUAAAUAUAGUGUAAUGCAGUUGUUUUCAACCCAUUAACCCAAAUGUCCAAAAUGGAUAUUUAGACAACUUUAAAAAGAGGUCAUUGUGAUGGAUACGACUGUGUGCUUCUCAUCGUCAGACUCAUAUACUGCACACUGUAAAAAGUAUUAUGCCCAAUAUGAUGUUGGAGACACAAGUUACUAUAUUUUGAUAAUUAAAUUUAUAAAAUGUUUAAUAUCCUAAAUGCCAGUCUUUACCCAUAAAUGAUGUAUACCAACCAUCCUAAUGCUACUGGCUACUUUAUUUCCAUGAAUAAAGAUUAGUAAGAAACUUAAAAAUCAGUAUCCUUUAAAAUUUUUUUAGUCCUUUGUAAUGUGUUUCUAGGCAUGAAGAACUAGCCUGGCAUAGUGAAGAAAGAAAUAAAAGACUUAAAAAUAACCUGAGUUUUGGUCCUAUGACUGUCUCUCAAAUGCAUGGUCUUGUUCCCAUUUUAAAAAUUAGAAUAAUAACUUUUAUGUGCCUUACAAGACUAAGUGAGAAUGAAGAUAGAAGGAGGGCAUUAGUUAUUUAUAGAGUUUUAAAAGACUUUGCUUCAAAUUCCGUUCAUCAUCAUCUCUUUAAACCACAUUAUCUAAUUUGUUCUUUAAAAUUGUUGUGAUGCUACAGUGGACACUCUUACCAAUCGAAGGAGUGUUGUUUAGAAGUGUGUACAUCAACAUUUCAUAUGUAUUAUAUGCAUUAUGAGUGAUAAGAAGUAUUCUUUUUAAAACUUGCUGCUAAAACAUCAGUUCAGGAACUCUUUUUGAUGAGGGUUUAACAACAAUGCUAUUAGAAUAAACCACUGAGUAGUUCCUGUAGUGGUUUGUUUAUUUGAGCUCUCAACUACGAAGUUAAAGGGUGCUUAUAACAAAUACAAUUAUACUACAGUAGAAAAUUUAGAUUUUAAAAUUCUGGUUAAUGUUUUUUAAUCUAUUAUGAGGUAACGUCAUUAUUCUACUGUAAUGAGAGACAGGGUUUUUUUCUUGUGAAUCUAAUUUCACAUUUGCUAUUACAAGAUGGUAAAACAAUUUGGAUAGUUACCAAAAACUGAUUAAAAAUGAUGGUUCUAAAUUUUAAGAGUAUGUGUAAUUAUGAUGAUAGCCUUCACCAAAAAAAAAAAAUCACAUCACAUUUAUUUCAUGUAUUGGGAUUAUAGCUGAUCUCCAGGUUUGGAGUAUGCUUUGUUUUAUUUCAUCCUGAGAAACUUUAUAUUUCAUUAAGAAAAUAUCCAGAAUUAUAAACAAAUAUAUCUGCUUCCCAUGUAGUUACGUAUACUAACUAGAAAAACCUAAUUCUACUAUUAAUUUGAGAAGUAUUCAUUUUAAAUUUUUUUAAGGAAUGUGAAAAAUGGUUGUGGUCUUUUAGGUGAAUAUCCACAAGAAAAUGACAUUUCAUAGGUUUUCUUGUUUUUUACAGAAAUACAGAAAAGGGCACAAAUGUACAACUAAUAUGCUCACAAAACAAACACCUGGGUCACCUCUAGAAUAUUCCCAGAACUCAUAAGAUCCCUUGGGGCUCCCUCCUAGUCAUUGCUUUCUUUGCCGCCAAGAGGCACCUAUAUCUCAACUUUUAACACCAUAGUGUAGUUUUGCCCGUUUUUUUUUGCUGUUGUUUUAAUGUCAUAUGAAUAGAAUUAUAUUCUUUUGUCUGGCUGCUUUUCCUGAUCAUUAUGUUUGUGAGAUUCUUCCAUAUUGUUACUUGUAGCUGGAAUCCGUUUGUUCUCAUAUUUGUACACUAAUAGGACCACACCAUUAUUUAUUUAUUCUGUGGUUGAUGAAACCGCAUUUCAGGUGGUUUCCAGGUUUUGACUGUUACAAAUAGUGCUGUAAUAAUACGAAGAUUUUUGUAGGUAUGUCUUGUAUACCUGUGUAUGGAUUUUGGUCGGGCAUCUCCUUAGGAGUGGAGUUGCUGGGUCUUAGAAGCGCACCUAGUUAAUAGAUUAUGCCAGAGCUUUCCAGAGGGAGUGUACUAACUUACUCUCCCAUAGACGUGUAUUAGUUCCUGUUGCUCCAGGUCCUAACGUUUAGUGUCAUUUUUACGUUUAACCAUUUGGGUGGCUGUGUAAUGGUAUAUCAUGAUUUUAACCGUACUACUCUCUCUAAUAAUCAGAUUUCAUGUUUAUGGGCCAUUGCGAUAUCUUUUGUGAAGGGCCUUUUAAAUGUUAGAUUUUAGGAAAUUUUCAUUUACUGAGGGCAUGAAGCUAUUCUGCUAUAUUCUAGAAAUUUUACCUUUCACACUUAAGUAUGCAGUUCACUGGCAUUGUUGAUUGUCUUUUUUGCUAAUUCUACUGUUACCUUAGUUAUUUACUUUCAGCGUUAGUCUUUGGGUUUAAUUUGCUGUUAUUUUUUCCAGGUUCUUGAAAUGGAUGUAUAGUUCACAGAUUUUCAGCCUUCUUUUCUAAUAGGUGCAUCGAAGGCUAUAAAUUUUUUAGCAUAGUUUUAGCUGUUCUUUACAAGGUUUGAUAACAUGGUAUUUUUAUUUUCAUUAAGUGCAAAAUAUUUUCGAGUUUCCAUGAGGAUUUCCACUUCUUAAAUCAUGGGUUCUUUAGAUUACAUUUUUAAUUGGAUGUGUGUUAAAGUUGUAGUUGUGGUUUUGGUUUAUGAAAAAUUACAGAAAAAACUUGAAGCUCUAGACUAAGGGCAGCAAGUUACAACCCAUGGGCCACGUUCAGCAGCCCAGUGCCUGUUUAUGUGGCUUUCACCUUUUUAAAUGGGUUUUUGAAAUCAAAAUAUUUUGCGACAUGUAAAUAGCAUAUGAAAUUCGCAUUUCAGUGUUCGUACAUAAAGUUUCAUGGAACACAGCCACACGCGUUCAUUUGUCUUAUCUGAGAGCUGUGUUGCAUCAAAGAUCAUCUGUCCAACAAAGCCUAAAAUACUGUCUCCUCCUUCAGGGAAAGAGUUUGUGGACUUUUGCUCUGGAUGAUAUUUUCUUCCAGACCAGAUUUAUUGUUGCUUCUGGCAGGUGGGAGGGGUGCCCACCACGUCCAAUUGCCUUAAUCCAGGUAAGGGAUUGACAGUGACUGCAAGGGCCAGACUAUUUCCGGUUCCCUCUGUCUUACUGUUAGGGUGUCACCCUUUGGGGUCCCUAUUCAAAACAGGUUUACCAGGGCUCCCCUUCCUUGGCAGGCCAAGGAUACCUGUUUUUGUCACUCUUUCCCUGAGAGGCUUUCAAACUCUCCAGGUCCUAAGCCUCUCAGCUACAUUUUCCAUGAUUUGCAGACACUUCCGUCAUUGCAAUUCCCCACUUGCAGCCCUACUCAACCAAGAUUCAUUAAACAUUACAUUAUCUAAUAGCGCCAUUUCACUCCUCUCUCCUACCCCCAUUUAAGCUUCUUUCAGGAUGGGUUCCUGUCUUUUGGUAUCUUCCACAGACCCUAACCGUCAUUAAAUAGUAGCUUGCUAAAUUAUUUCAAUGAAUAGUGUCCACUUGUCAUAAAAUUCUAGUAUCACAAUUGUCUAGUGGUAAUAAUACAGAGCACUUCCUAAUCAUGCAAAACUCUUGAAACUACGAUUUAAAGCUUUUUGCGGAACCUCAGAAUUCCUGGAGACUGAGUGAAAGUGCAUAAAAUAAGGUGAGAUUGUGGAAGCCAUGAUCUGUGUUAGGACUUGUGAGCCUACAGCAGCAUGGUGUGAAGUAAGAGAGGGAGUUUAAAUCUAUUUGGCAGUUAAUAAGAAUUCAAUAGAGAACGUGCAUUAAUGGUCUUUAUUGGUUUCACAUUCAGUUAUUUUCUUCACUUCAGUUAGUUGUACAAGUAUGAUAACGUUAUUUUAUAUUUUCUGUGGGAAUUUAAAUGUAAAAUAAAUACAAAAUACAUCUGUGGUUUAAUGAACACUCAGUGAAGGAUUUUUUUUUUCCUGAGGUAUUCCUUUCAGUCUGGUUUUAUCCCAUAUCUUUCUUUUUACUUCCUCUAGGAAAAGUCUAUUAAACCACACAAUGGGUCAGGAACCAAUGAACUUGUUUUAAUUACAUUAG